AUUAUUAUUAUUAUUAUUACAUGUAUUACUAUAUAGUCGCGCGUGCGGGUCGACGUCGCGGACGUGUCGUGUUAAAUAAUUUGCUCCGAAGUGACAGCUUUUUAUUGUGCACGUCAAUCUUUUCGCCAAUAACAGCGACGACUUUGCGGUUAUUUCAUUGAAAUUCAUUUUUUACGUGGGACCCGCGUAGUAUAAAAAAGUCAAAGUCGCGACGAUUGCAGCAGCACUAUACUAUUCGCGCCAUCCCACCACAUGACAUAAUAAUAUGCGUUUUACGGCGAUAUUUCUCGCGUAGGUAGGUACCUAAUAAUAUUAUAGGUAUAUUAUUAUUAUUAUAUAUAGUCAGGUGCAGCGCAUCACAGCGUCGAGCGACGAUCGUGUUUUUGCAUGAUAUUUUUGUCGUCGUAUUUAUCAUCAUUUAUCACCAACACUGCGAAGAGAUUACGCUGCCACUUGUGUCGGUUAAGACAUAAUGCGCCAAUAAGUACAUGCGCAGAGUUUCGCAACGCGUCCAAAGCAAAUCGACGUCUCGUUAUCGAUCUGCAAUCCUCUCGUAUUAUACGCAAAUAUACUUACGAAGAAUAGGCGCACAGCAUAAUAAGAUUCGUUCAAUACAUUGACUGGACUAUUCUCCUAGCUGCAGGCGCUGGGAUAACCUAUCGUCGCUAAAAGGUUUGGACGACAUCGGUAAAAACGUGUAUAUGCAUUUUAUCGUCCGUUCAAAACGCCUCGAUCGACACCAAUCAUCAUGAUUAUGACUAUGAACACCGUAAAAGCUCUGCGGAGUUCCGCAAUGGUACUGGCGAUCGUAUUCGCCGCGUCUUCCGCAUCUCAUUCUAGGAUUGGAUUCGAUAAAUAUCAUAACCACAAAGAAAUGACAAAUUUUUUGAUGCAAAUAACCGACGAGUUUCCCAACAUCUCGUCGCUGUACUCGAUUGGCAAGUCGGUUUUAAAACGUGAACUAUGGGCUGUCAAGUUGACUACUGCAAGCGAACUAUUGGGUGUGCCAAACAUCAAAAUUGUCGGCAACAUACACGGUAAUGAGCCCGUGGGAAGAGAAAUCAUUUUACAUCUGAUUCAAUAUUUAUUGGAUAACAGUUCAAAAAACAAAGCAAUUAACAAUUUGUUGCGAACUACCGUCAUCCACUUGUUGCCGAGCAUGAAUCCCGACGGAUUCGAAAUGUCCGCACCUCAGCCUUGUCCUAACGAUGGAAUGCAGAGGUUGGGUUCUAGAGGAAACGCUAACACUUUUGAUUUGAAUCGAAAUUUUCCGGACAUCUUCAAUCCGCACACAGUGCCACUACAACCCGAGACCAAAGCAAUGAUGGAGUGGUUAAAAUCUGUGCCGUUCGUCAUGUCUCUAGGCUUACACGGUGGUGCUUUGGUGGCUAAUUUUCCUUACGAUGGCUCAUUGGAUUCGGUAUCUGGAAAGUUGCAGAAAUUAAACGAAACAUUACAAAUUGACGAUGUAUUUGAACUCUACAAAAUAUUUCGAAACGAAUCUAGUUAUAACCAGAAUAUCAAUAUGGAGAGUUUAACACCAGACGAUGACGUGUUUCGGUUUUUGGCGAAACAAUAUGCCGAUUUGCACCCGACCAUGCAUAACGGUCUAAGUUGUGAAGAUAACUAUAGCUUAAAAUUCAAAGACGGCAUAACAAAUGGAGCUGCUUGGUAUCAAGUAAUAGGAAGCAUGCAAGAUUACAAUUACGCAUGGCACGGGUGUAUGGAAAUCACUUUGGAAAUGUCUUGUUGCAAGUACCCACCUGCUUCAUUUUUGGAAUCUCACUGGAAAGAUCACUUAAAGCCACUUUUGACAUGGAUGGAACAAGCGCAUAGAGGCGUUAAAGGUUUCGUCACCAACCAAAUAACCGGUAAACCCAUACCAAACGCCACCGUUAGCCUUACGGACCGUGAAAACCAUAUCAACACUACCGUGAACGGAGAAUACUGGAAAAUACUACUUCCUGGUGUAUACAAGUUACGUGUAAACGCGAUCGGAUACGACGAGAAAAUCGUCCGAGUAAAGGUGCCGGAGGAUCGCGAGGAUCAGAAGGAAGGACCUCGGCCGCAAUUGGUGAACGUCCAGUUGGAACCGACGAAGACAAAGAUAGCCGACAGCGGCAGUAGCACCGUAAGUGACAGCGAUCACUACAACACGUAUUGGGUGUCGGACAGCGACCUACACGGCGCGACGGAUCGGGCGGUGGCGGCCGAUACGGAUGUCGUACUUAUCGGCUCGGAUCGGCCUUUGGCUGCCGUACAAAAGUCGUCCGCCGACAAGCGCUUGUGGUUGGUGGUGGAUGUGGAAGGUAAGGAGGAAGAGGACGAAGGCGAUGACGGCUACAACGAUCGCAGUGGUAACCGAUACGACGACGUCAAUCGGCUACAGUCGAUGCGACCGCCGCUGCCCGUUCAGUCAUCGUCCGCCCGUCCCGAUAACCACUUUCCAUCUGGCGUAACCAGAGUGGUACAAAUUCUGUGCCUAUUACCGUUCUCGUAUUUUGUCGCCCACAUUCUCUCGUGAUCGUCAUAUCAUAGAGAUCGCUUAACUAACAUAACAAUCAUUUAUCAUCAUAUUAGAUAUAAUAUUGUACCUAACUAAGUAUUAUCGGUCAAACUAGUAGAUUUAAUGCUAUUUAUGCCUCAGCAGAUAGGUACAACACUAGGUGGUGGCUAACCUGCAGUACAAUGCAUGUCGUUUUCAUGCAUUGGUAACAUCAAUGGGAAACAUCCAAACUUUCAAAUCUUAGCCUUUAGAAUAAUAUAUUCAUCCGCCGUUUUACAAUUUAUCAUACCAAGUGAUCGUUUACGUGAGACUCUCGUAUUAUUUCAUAAACUAUUAACGGUCUUGAAAAUAUUUUUUUAAUAUAAUUUUUAGUCGGUACAGAACAAGAUAUUUGGAAAAAAAUUAAUUUUUUAUAUUUUUACAUCGUUAUUAUUUUUUGAAGUUUUAACUUUUUUGAACGACAACGCAUAUACAUUUUUAUUUUCAUAUUCCUAAGCAGCAUAUUAUUCUGAGUAUUUCGAAUUAUAAAAUUCAAAUUUUGGACGAGUUGGUAAUUAGUUAUAAGUAUUUAAAGUUUGGAUUUACGAAAUACUGAAUCAAAAUUUUGUGUGGAACCCCCACCUUUCCGCUCAUCGAAACUUAUAAGUUAUAACUCAUAAACUAUUCUCCAAAAUUUGAUUUGUAUGCAUCGAAGUAUACUAUGGUCUAUGGGAAAUAUUCUAUUUUGAAAUGGAAUUAAAAAGUUGGGUUGAUUUUUAGUCGGUGUUUAAUAAGAUAAAAUAACCUAUACGCGAUGUACGUCUAUAUAUUAUAUCAGUAUACUCGAGUUCCACAGACAAAAUUGUUCUAUAAAGAUUAAAGUAUAAAUUCGCCCACGUUUGACUAUAUAAUAUUAUUACAUAUUUAAAUCAUAAUAAUAUUAUUAUUAUUGUAAUGUCAAUUUACUUUCAUUAUGUUUGUAUACAAUAACGAAUUUUUGAAAUCUGUCAUUGUCAUACGUAUACGUCGCGUAUAAAAGCGUGUACUAGCCGAAAAUCCGUUUACGUCAUAGUGAUUUAUGUGAUUUGUGUACAACAGGGGGUCACCAAUUGGUGGGACGCUGACAAAUUUUAUCCAGCUCAUAGACAAGAAAAAGAAGUAAAAACCUAUAAUAUUAUACGUUCUAGAUUUGUAAUUUAUCAUUUUAGUUCAUUUGUUUUUACCGCUGUCAGCAAUUUUGAUGGCCCACGAACAAUAAUUUCCAGAUUCCUAAUGUGGCCCUUCGGAAAUAUUAAUUUGUUAACCCUGGUGUACAACAUAAUAAUAUUCACUAAGUAUAGUAAGUACUAACAAAUAACAAUACUUAAAGUUCAAGUAAAACGUUUUGUUCGUUUGUAUAUACUGCAGUGUGGUGUCAUGAUGUUUUACAAUAUAAUAUUUAUUGUGUACAGGGGCGUGCCCAGGAUUUUUAUACAAAAAAUCAAUUUGGGGGUGGUUUGAACCCCCUGGGCACGCCCCUGAUUGUGUACGACAGUGUUUUGUCGCGUCAGGCGCCGCUAGUCUAGUGACAUCAUUGUUAUAAUUGUUCAAUUAUUUUUUUUUUUAAUUUAUUGUCCGUGAACGUUUUAGUCCGCAUGUGGAAUUGAACUGUAACUUUUGAUAUACGUAAUUUUAUACGUGUAUAUUUAUUUAUUUAUGUGGAAUAACGUAAUUUACACUAUUAAUCUCUAAUGAGUAAUGACUGAUAUAUUGUGUACGUUCUGCGUGUCUUAUAAUUUAACGUGGCUUUUGGCGUUUGUGCAUCGUUCAUAUACGAUAUUAAAUAUGAUAUACGAAAUAUUUUCGACUGCUGAGUGCUGGUACACUAAAAACUAAAGCACCCAAAUAGCAUCACCCAUUCAAUUACAAUGUUUGUAACAUUUAUAUUUUAUUAUACUAAUAAAUAAUAUUAUAAUUAUUAAA